GUCUCUGGAGACCGUUUGACUUUCUGCUUCUAUGAAUUUGACUACUUUAGAUACCUCAUGCGCAAUAAUAUUCCAUAGCAUGUAUUAUAUGUACUACAUUUUGUUUAUCCAUUCAUCCCUUGAUGGACACUUGAGUUGCUUCCAGCUUUUGGCUCUUGUGAACAGUGCUGUUAUGAAUAAGUCAAUGAAAGGAUUCUAUUUUGCAAAGCUGUAUUAUGAAGCUAAAGAAUACGAUCUUGCUAAAAAAUACGUAUCUACAUAUAUUAAUGUGCAAGAAAGGGAUCCCAAAGCUCACAGAUUUCUUGGUCUUCUUUAUGAAGUGGAGGAAAACAUAGACAAAGCUGUUGAAUGUUAUAAGCGUUCAGUGGAAUUAAACCCAACACAAAAGGAUCUUGUGUUGAAGAUUGCAGAAUUGCUUUGUAAAAAUGACGUUACUGAUGGAAGAGCAAAGUAUUGGGUUGAAAGAGCAGCUAAACUUUUCCCAGGAAGUCCUGCAAUUUAUAAACUAAAGGAACAGCUUUUAGAUUGUAAAGGUGAAGAUGGAUGGAAUAAACUUUUUGACUUGAUUCAGUCAGAACUUUAUGCAAGACCUGAUGAUGUCCAUGUGAACAUCCGACUAGUAGAGCUGUAUCGCUCAAAUAAAAGAUUGAAGGAUGCUGUGGCCCACUGCCAUGAGGCAGAGAGAAACAUAGCUUUGCGUUCAAGUUUAGAAUGGAAUUCGUGUGUUGUACAGACCCUUAAGGAAUAUCUGGAAUCUUUACAGUGUUUGGAGUCUGAUAAAAGUAACUGGCGAACAACCAAUAAAGACUUACUUCUGGCCUAUGCUAACCUUAUGCUUCUUACACUCUCUGCUAGAGAUGUGCAAGAAAGUAGAGAAUUAUUGGAAAGUUUUGAUAGUGCUCUACAGUCUGUGAAAUCUUCCGUGGGAGGAACUGAUGAGCUCUCAGCUACUUUCUUAGAAAUAAAAGGACAUUUCUACAUGCAUGCUGGUUCUCUGCUUUUGAAGAUGGGUCAGCAUAGUGAUGUGCAAUGGCGAGCUCUCUCUGAACUGGCUGCAUUGUGCUAUCUCAUAGCGUUUCAGGUUCCAAAACCAAAGAUUAAAUUAAUAAAAGGAGAAGCCGGACAAAAUCUGCUAGAAAUGAUGGCGUUUGAUCGUCUCAGCCAAUCAGGGCACAUGCUGCUAAACCUAAGUCGUGACAAGCAAGAUUUUUUAAAAGAGGUUGUAGAAUCCUUUGCGAAUAAAAGUGGGCAGUCUGCUUUAUAUGAUGCUCUGUUUUCUAGUCAGUCACCUAAGGAUAGCUCUUUCCUUGGUAGUGAUGAUAUUGGAAACAUUGAUGUACAAGCACCAGAGCCAGAUGAUUUGGCUAGAUAUGAUGUUGGUGCCAUUCGAGCACAUAAUGGUAGUCUUCAGCACCUUACCUGGCUUGGCUUACAGUGGAAUUUGUUGCCUACCCUACCUGCAGUUCGAAAAUGGCUAAAACAACUUUUUCAUCAUUUGCCCCAGGAAACUUCCAGACUUGAAACAAAUGCACCAGAAUCAAUAUGUAUUUUAGAUCUUGAAGUAUUUCUACUUGGAGUAGUAUAUACCAGCCAUUUACAAUUAAAGGAGAAAUGUAAUUCUCACUACAGCUUCUAUCAGCCACUAUGCUUGCCAUUUCCUGUGUGUAAACAGCUUUGUACAGAAAGACAAAAAUCUUGGUGGGAUGCAGUUUGUAAUCUAAUUCACAGAAAAGCAAUACCUGGAACCUCAGCAAAAUUGCGACUUUUAGUCCAGCAUGACAUAAACACUCUAAGGGGCCAGGAAAAACAUGGUCUUCAGCCUGCUCUGCUUGUACAUUGGGCAAAAUGCCUUCAGAAAACGGGCAGCGGUCUUAAUUCUUUUUAUGAUCAACGGGAAUACAUUGGCAGAAGUGUUCAUUAUUGGAGGAAGGUUUUGCCAUUGUUGAAGACAAUCAAAAAGAAGGGCAGUAUUCCUGAACCUACUGACCCUCUGUUUAAACAUUUUCAUAGUGCAGAUAUUCAGGCAUCUGAAAUUGGUGAAUAUGAAGAAGAAGCACACAUCACGUUCGCUAUAUUGGAUGCAGUUAAUGGAAAUAUAGAAGAUGCUAUGACUGCUUUUGAAUCUAUAAAAAAUGUUGUUUCUUAUUGGAAUCUUGCACUGAUUUUUCACAGAAAAGCAGAAGACAUUGAAAAUGAUGCCCUUUCUCCUGAAGAACAAGAAGAAUGCAAAAAUUAUCUGAGAAAGACCAGGGACUACCUAAUAAAGAUUUUAGAUGACAGUGAUUCAAAUCUUUCAGUGGUCAAGAAAUUGCCUGUGCCCUUGGAGUCUGUAAAAGAAAUGUUUAAUUCAGUCAUGCAGGAACUUGAUGACUAUAGUGAAGGAGGUCUUCUUUAUAAAAAUGGUUCUUUGCGAACUGCAGAUUCAGAAAUAAAAUAUUCUACACCAUCUGCCACCAGAUAUUCUCUAUCACCAAGUAAAAGUUACAAGUAUUCUCCCAAAACACCACCACAGUGGGCAGAAGAUCAAAAUUCUUUACUGAAAAUGAUCUGCCAACAAGUAGAGGCCAUUAAGAAAGAAAUGCAGGAGUUGAAACUAAAUAGCAGUAACUCAGGGUCUCCUCAUCGUUGGCCUACAGAGAAUUAUGGACCAGAUUCAGUGCCUGAUGGGUAUCAAGGAUCACAGACUUUUCAUGGGGCUCCACUAACAGUUGCAACUACUGGCCCUUCAGUAUAUUAUAGUCAGUCACCAGCAUAUAAUUCCCAGUAUCUUCUCAGACCAGCAGCUAAUGUUACUCCCACAAAGGGUCCUGUUUAUAGCAUGAACAGGCUUCCACCUCAGCAGCACAUUUAUGGCUAUUCGCAACAGAUGCACACACCACCAGUGCAAAGCUCAUCUGCUUGUAUGUUCUCUCAAGAGAUAUAUGGUCCUCAGUUGCGUUUCGAGUCUCCUGCAACAGGAAUUCUAUCACCCAGGGGUGAUGAUUACUUUAAAUACAGUGUUCAACAGACAAGCACAAAUCCACCUUUGCCAGAACCAGGUUAUUUCACAAAACCUCCAGUUGCGGCUCAUGCUUCAAGAUCUGCAGAAUCUAAAGUUAUAGAAUUUGGAAAAACUAAUUUUGUUCAGCCUGUACCAGGUGAUGGAAUAAGGCCAUCUUUGACAGCCCCUGCACAUACAACGCAGCCGACUACUUUUAAAUUUAACUCGAAUUUCAAAUCAAAUGAUGGUGACUUCACGUUUUCCUCACCACAGGUUGUGACACAGCCCGCUUCUACAACUUACAAUAAUAGCGAAAGCCUUUUAGGUCUCCUGACUUCAGAUAAACCCUUGCAAGGAGAUGGCUUCAGUGGACCAAAAGCUGUUCAUACCAUUGGACCUCGGAGUACAUUCAAUUUUGGGAGCAAAAAUGUGCCUGGAAUUUCAUUUACUGAAAACAUGGGCCCAAAUCAGCAAAAGAAUUCUGAUUUUUGUCGAAGUGACGAUAUGUUUACUUUCCAUGGUCCAGGGAAAUCAGUGUUUGGAACACCUGCUCCAGAGCUGGCCAACAAGAAUCAUGAAACAGAUGGAGGGAGUGCCCAUGGUGAUGAUGAUGAUGAUGGCCCUCACUUUGAGCCUGUGGUACCUCUUCCUGAUAAGAUUGAAGUGAAAACUGGUGAGGAAGAUGAAGAAGAAUUCUUUUGCAAUCGUGCAAAAUUGUUUCGUUUUGACGCAGAAUCCAAAGAAUGGAAGGAACGUGGAAUUGGCAAUGUAAAAAUACUGAGGCAUAAAACAUCUGGUAAAAUUCGUCUUCUAAUGAGACGAGAGCAAGUAUUGAAAAUCUGUGCAAACCAUUACAUCAGUCCAGAUAUGAAACUGACACCAAACACUGGAUCAGACAGAUCUUUUGUAUGGCAUGCUCUUGAUUAUGCAGAUGAGUUGCCCAAACCAGAACAACUUGCUAUUAGAUUCAAAACUCCUGAGGAAGCAGCACUUUUUAAGUGCAAGUUUGAAGAAGCCCAGAGCAUUUUAAAAGCCUCAGGCGCAAAUGUAGCUACAACAACAAAUCAGCUACAACAAAUGAGAAUUGUAAAAGAACCCACAAACCAUGAUAACAAGGAUAUUUGCAAAUCUGAUGCUGGAAACAUGAAUUUUGAAUUUCAAGUUGCAAAGAAAGAAGGGUCUUGGUGGCAUUGUAACAGCUGCUCAUUAAAGAAUGCUGCAACUGCUAAGAAAUGUGUAUCAUGCCAAAAUCUAAACCCAAGCAAUAAAGAACUCCUUGGCCCACCAUUAGUUGAAACUGUUUCCGCUCUUAAAACUGGCCCAGAAAACACUCCAGAUAGAUUUACAUUGACGACUCCAAAGAAAGAAGGUCAAUGGGAUUGUAGUAGUUGUUUAGUAAGAAAUGAACCUACUGUAUCUAGAUGCAUUGCAUGCCAGAAUGCAAAGUCUGCUAACAAAAGUGGAUCUUCAUUUGUUCAGGAGGCUUCCUUUAAAUUUGGCCAGGGAGAUCUUCCUAAGUCUGUUAACAGUGAUUUCAGAUCUGGUUUUUCUAUAAAGGAGGGACAGUGGGAUUGCAAUGUAUGCUUGGUACGAAAUGAAGGAAGUUCUACAAAAUGUGUUGCUUGUCAGAAUCCCAGAAAACAGAGUUUACCUACUUCUUCUGUUUCAGCACCUGCUUCUUUUAAGUUUGGUACUUCAGAGAUAAAUAAACCUCCAAAAAGUGGAUUUGAAGACAUGUUUGCUAAGAAGGAAGGACAGUGGGAUUGCAGUUCAUGCUCACUACGAAAUGAAGCAAAUGCUACAAAAUGUGUUGCUUGUCAGAAUCCAGGUAAACCGAGUCUGUCUACUUCUGCUGUUCCAACCCCUGCCUCUUUUAAGUUUAGUACUUCAGAGACAAGCAAGGCUCCAAAGAGUGGAUUUGAAGGAGGAGUUUUCACCAAGAAAGAAGGGCAGUGGGAUUGCAGUGUUUGCUGUGUGCAAAAUGAAAGUUCUUUCUUAAAAUGUGUGGCUUGUGAUGCCUCCAAACCAGCUCAUAAACCUAUUGCAGAAACUCCUUCAGCUUUCACAUUGGGAUCAAAAACUAAGUUAAAUGACUCUUCUGGAAGUCACGUGGGAACAGGAUUUAAAAGUAACUUUUCAGAUAAAGCUUUUAAAUUUGGCAGUGCAGAACAAGGAUUUAAAUUUGGGCAUGUGGAUCAAGAAAAUAUACCUUCAUUUACAUUUCAGGGUUCUUCUAACAUAGACUCUAAGUCAACAAAAGAAGGAUUUAGUUUUUCUAUCCCUGUGUCUGCUGAUGGAUUUAAAUUUGGCAUUCAGGAGCCAGGAAAUCAAGAGAAGAAGGGUGAAAAGCCCCUUGAAAAUGACACGAGUUUUCAGGCUCAGGAUGUUAGUAGUCAGAAGAAUGAUAGUGGUGUGAUUUUUGGUCAAACUGGUAGCACUUUUACCUUUGCAGAUCUUGCAAAAUCAACUUCAGGAGAAGGAUUUCAAUUUGGCAAAAAAGACCCUAAUUUCAAGGGAUUUUCAGGUGCUGGAGAAAAAUUAUUCUCAUCACAAAGUGGUAAAAUGGCUGAUAAAGCUGACACUUCCACUGACCUUGAGAAAGAUGAUGAUGCCUAUAAGACUGAGGACAGUGAUGAUAUCCAUUUUGAACCAGUAGUUCAAAUGCCUGAAAAAGUGGAACUUGUAACAGGAGAAGAAGAUGAAAAAGUUCUUUAUUCACAGCGGGUAAAAUUAUUUAGAUUUGAUGCUGAGAUAAGUCAGUGGAAAGAAAGGGGUUUGGGGAACUUAAAAAUUCUCAAAAAUGAAGUCAAUGGCAAACUAAGAAUGCUGAUGCGAAGAGAACAAGUACUAAAAGUGUGUGCUAAUCAUUGGAUAACAACUACAAUGAACCUGAAGCCUCUCUCUGGAUCAGAUAGAGCAUGGAUGUGGUUAGCUAGUGAUUUUUCUGAUGGUGAUGCCAAACUAGAGCAGCUGGCAGCAAAGUUUAAAACACCAGAGCUGGCUGAAGAAUUCAAGCAGAAAUUUGAGGAAUGCCAGCGACUUUUGUUAGAUAUACCACUUCAAACUCCCCAUAAACUUGUAGAUACUGGCAGAGCUGCCAAGUUAAUACAGAGAGCUGAAGAAAUGAAGAGUGGACUAAAAGAUUUCAAAACAUUUUUGACAAAUGAUCAAACAAAAGUCACUGACGAAGAGAGUAAGAGUUCAGGUGUAGGUCUUGCCAGUGCUCCAGACACAACCACCAAGCCAAGUCUUGAGAACACUGGGCCCACGUUAGAGUGGGAUAACUAUGAUUUAAGGGAAGAUGCUUUGGAAGAUAGCGUAAGUAGCAGCUCGGUACAUGCUUCUCCAUUGGCAAGUAGCCCUGUGAGAAAAAAUCUCUUCCGCUUUGGUGAGUCAACAACAGGAUUUAACUUCAGUUUUAAAUCUGCUUUGAGUCCAUCUAAAUCUCCUGCCAAGUUGAAUCAGAGUGGGACCUCAGUUGGCACUGAUGAAGAAUCUGAUGUUACUCAAGAAGAAGAGAGAGAUGGACAGUACUUUGAACCCGUUGUACCUUUACCUGAUCUAGUUGAAGUAUCCAGUGGUGAGGAAAAUGAACAAGUUGUUUUCAGUCACAGAGCAAAACUCUAUAGGUAUGAUAAAGAUGUUGGUCAGUGGAAAGAAAGAGGCAUUGGUGAUAUAAAGAUUUUACAGAAUUAUGAUAAUAAGCAAGUUCGAAUAGUAAUGAGAAGGGACCAGGUGUUAAAACUUUGUGCCAAUCACAGAAUAACUCCAGACAUGACUUUGCAAAAUAUGAAAGGGACAGAAAGAGUGUGGGUGUGGACUGCAUGUGAUUUUGCAGACGGAGAAAGAAAAGUAGAACAUUUAGCUGUCCGUUUUAAACUACAGGAUGUUGCAGACUCAUUUAAGAAAAUAUUUGAUGAAGCAAAAAUAGCCCAAGAAAAAGAUACUUUGAUAACACCUCAUGUUUCUCGUUCAACCACUCCCAGAGAGUCCCCAUGUGGCAAACUAGCGGUAGCUGUAUUAGAAGAAACCACAAGAGAGAGGACGGAUUUAAUUCAGGGUGAUGAUAUAGCAGAUGCAACUUCAGAAGUUGGAGAACUGUCUAGCACGUCAGAAACAACAACAAAAGCAGUGGUUUCUCCUCCAAAGUUUGUAUUUGGUUCAGAGUCUGUUAAAAGCAUUUUUAGUAGUGAAAAAUCAAAACCAUUUGCGUUUGGCAACAGUUCAGCUACUGGAUCUUUGUUUGGAUUUAGUUUUAAUACACCUUUGAAAAAUAACAGUAGUGAAACUACCUCAGUAGUCCAGAGUGGAUCUGAAAGAAAAGUGGAAUCUGAUAGUCGUGAGGAGUCAAAGGACUCUGAUGCCGAGCAGUCUUCAGAAGGCAAAGUCAAAAGUUUCUUUGCUUCUUUUCCAAAGGAAGAGACCUCAACUAAAUACACAUUUAAAACACCAGAAAAGGCAAAACAGGAGAAAAAACUUGAAGAUCUUCCCUCAGAUGACGAUGUUCUCAUUGUAUAUGAGCUAACCCCAACCCCUGAGCAAAAAGCUCUUGCAAGCAAACUUAAACUUCCUCCAACUUUCUUCUGCUAUAAGAAUAGACCAGAUUAUGUUAGUGAAGAAGAAGAGGAUGAUGAGGAUUUUGAAACAGCUGUCAAGAAACUUAAUGGAAAACUAUAUCUGGAUGAUUCAGAAAAAUGUAGACCACUAGAAGAAAAUCUAACAGAUAAUGAGAAGGAAUGUGUUAUUGUUUGGGAAAAGAAGCCAACAGUUGAAGAGAAGGCAAAAGCAGAUACAUUAAAGCUUCCACCUACAUUUUUUUGUGGAGUCUGCAGUGACACUGAUGAGGACAAUGGAAAUGGGGAAGACUUUCAGUCAGAGCUUCAGAAAGUUCGGGAAGCUCAAAAAUCCCAGAAUGAGAAACUAAGUAGCACAGCCGACAGUGUGUGUACAGGUGGGACUGAAGUUACUGUACCAUUUUUAUGUAAGUCUGAAGAUCCUGAUUUGAUUACCAAAUCCAUUAGUUCACGACCUAUAUCUUCUGGAACUGUGGACAAACCUGUAGAUUUGUCUACUAGAAAGGAAAAUGAUGCAGAUUCUACAAGCCAAGUGGAAAGCAAAACAGUUUCAUUUGGAUUGGGAAGUAGCACAGGGCUGUCAUUUGCAGACUUGGCUUCCAGUAACUCUGGGGAUUUUGCUUUUGGUUCCAAAGAUGAAAAUUUCCAGUGGGCAAAUACUGGAGCAGCUGUGUUUGGAACACAGUCAACCAGUAAAGUUGGUGAAGACGAAGAUGGUACAGAUGAAGAAGUAGUUCAUAAUGAAGAUAUCCAUUUUGAACCAAUAGUGUCAUUACCAGAGGUGGAAGUAAAAUCUGGAGAAGAAGAUGAAGAAAUUUUAUUUAAAGAGAGAGCCAAACUUUAUAGAUGGGAUCGAGAUGUCAGUCAGUGGAAGGAGCGUGGUGUUGGAGAUAUAAAGAUUCUUUGGCAUACGAUGAAGAAUUACUAUCGGAUCCUGAUGAGAAGAGACCAAGUCUUUAAAGUGUGUGCAAACCAUGUCAUUACCAAAACAAUGGAAUUAAAACCCUUAAAUGUUUCGAACAAUGCUUUAGUUUGGACUGCUUCAGAUUAUGCUGAUGGAGAAGCCAAAGUGGAACAGCUUGCAGUAAGAUUUAAAACUAAAGAAAUGGCUGAUUGUUUUAAGAAAAAAUUUGAAGACUGUCAACAGAAUUUAUCAAAGCUCCAAAAAGGGCAGGUAUCACUGACAGCCGAGUUAUCAAAGGAGACAAAUCCUGUGGUGUUUUUUGAUGUUUGCGCAGAUGAUGAACCCCUUGGACGUAUAACCAUGGAAUUAUUUUCACACAUUGUUCCUCAAACUGCUGAGAACUUCAGAGCACUAUGCACUGGAGAGAAGGGCUUUGGUUUCAAGAACUCCAUUUUUCACAGAGUGAUUCCAGAUUUUGUUUGCCAAGGAGGAGAUAUCACCAAACAUGAUGGAACAGGAGGACAGUCCAUUUAUGGAGAUAAAUUUGAAGAUGAAAAUUUUGUUGUGAAACAUACUGGUCCUGGCUUACUAUCGAUGGCCAAUCGAGGCCGGGAUACCAAUAAUUCUCAAUUUUUUAUAAUACUGAAAAAAGCAGAACAUUUGGACUUUAAGCAUGUAGUAUUUGGGUUUGUUAAGGAUGGCAUGGAUACUGUGAAAAAGAUUGAAUCAUUUGGUUCUCCAAAAGGGUCUGUUAGUCGAAGAAUUAGUAUCACAGAAUGUGGACAGAUAUAAAAUCAUUGUUUUUCAUAGUACCUGUAUAAACAGCUGAAUUGAAGCUUAGCCGUUAUGACAAUAUGGUAAUUAUGUUCAGCUUUUGAAAAUGAACGUUUCCAAUGUAUAAAUGUAAAAUUGCAGCUUAUAGCUGUUGUCACUUUUUAAUGUGUUAUAAUUGACCUUGCAUGGUGUGAAAUAAAAGAUAAAACACUGGUAUAUUUCAGGUGUACUUGUGUUUAUGUACUCCUGACAUAUUUGUAUUAAAAUGGAAUAAUACUAAUCUUGUUAAAAGCAAUAGACCUUCUCAAACUAUUGAAGGAAUAUGAUAUAUGCAAUUUAAUUUUAAUUCCUUUUAAGAUAUUGGACCUCCUGCAUGGAUAUACUUACUAUUUGAAUAAAGGGACCACAACUUGGAUAAUUUUUAUUUUAGAUUUGAAAUAUAUUUGGUAAUUUUAACUAUUGGUGUGCUCAUUUAUGCAUAGAGAUUCACUUAUGAAUGGGUAGAGCCACAGAGGGUAGAGACUUAACCAAAGUGCUCUUCUAUAAUCCUUGCACCUCCUGUUUAGUUAAAUUAACUUUUAAAGUAGGGUACCUUCUUUUCUUAAAAUGAUAUGUAGCUUCCUGUGCCCUUUCAAAGGUCUUAAAUUAAUUUUUACAUUUUAAACAAGUUGAGUAUUUCCUUAAAUUUUUUUUUUUUUUUACUUUUCUGUUAUCUGUUUCUACUACCUCAGACUGCAGCUUGGUUCUGUUAUAGAACUUGAACUUUUCCUUGCAGUUAUUGUGAUAAAGUAUGAAUAUUUUAAAAAGGUCUAUACCAUGUUCUUUGGUUAAAGAUUUGCUUUAUACUAGAUUGUUGCAAUACUAGAUUGUUGCAGUACCUUUUUCUGGUGAAUUUUGUAGCAAAAAUAAAGUGAUAAUUGUUAACAGCCA